AUGGCCUCCCCCAAUUCUCUCUCGACGGCGUAUACGAGUGGCCUGCACCGACGUCCAUCGACCCGACAAAUGUCUCGCGCCGCAGUGUCCCGCACCGGCUCCAACCGCCCCUCUCCAGAACUGCGCAAGACACUUGCAUUUCGAAGCAAUGCGGCGCCGUCAUCGAAACGGUACUCGGCUGGCGAUAGCUCCGAUGACGAAGUCCCGGAACCCAAGUUCAGCGCCUCCGUGAAGGCUCUCCUCGAGGAGGAUGGCUCGGACCCAUCGCCCCGGCUCAGAAACUUCCCCACGGAUGGCGCCAGAGACUACCUGGCUGAACAGAACGAUAACAACCUUGAGUACGACUACAAGAAUACAGCGAAACCCUCGUCGCCCAAAGUGUCCUGGGCAGAUCCUAGCCCCCCACAAAGAUCCGAUAGAGACCGGCGGUUCGAUGCCAAUGGCUCGUCUGGUGAAGGACCCUUCUCCCGAUCGUCUUCUCCAAAGUCCUAUGGAUCACACGCCAAAUCAACCCCUGGUUCCUCUUCCGAGAUGUCAUCGAAAGCAAACUCCAGGGAACAACCGGUCUUCAAAGUGCCACCCCCGCCUACUCUGCCUUCUGGCAGAGACCAGGAAAACGACCCUCCACCGACGUUCAAGCGGGUGAAACCGCAGGGCUUCAAUCUACUAGACAAGCCAGAGAAGCUUUCGGUUGUCUAUGGAGAUGAGAAGAAGGAAGAGACGCCAGCAGCGAAUUCACCCCGGAAAAUCCUCGCCACGCGAAGCAGCAACACGCCACAUAGACCUGCUCCGCCCCCGCCGCCCAAAAUGUCAGUCCUCGAGACGGCCACAGCUACAGGCGGGGCAGCAACGGCUUCUCAGUCGCGGAAAAAGCGAAGUCAGGUUUCCGUCAAUCACAAGCCGUUUACGAGGCUAGACUGCAUCGGCCGUGGCGGUAGCUCUCGCGUGUAUCGUGUCAUGGCGGAGAAUUACAAGAUAUUCGCCCUGAAGCGAGUAAACCUGGAAGACGUUGACCCGGUGACCUUGGCUGGCUACAAGGGGGAGAUUGACCUCCUCAAAAAGCUAGAAAACAUUGACCGGGUUGUGCGUCUGUUUGAUUGGGAGCUGAACAUGGACAAACAUACUCUCAGCGUUCUUAUGGAGAUCGGCGAGUCGGAUCUGGAGAAGAUCCUUACAUAUCGGCUCAAUGCCGAAGAUGCCACACUGGAUAUCAACUUCACUCGCUACUAUUGGAAGGAAAUGUUGGAAUGUGUUCAGGCUGUCCACAACUAUAACAUUGUGCAUUCUGAUCUAAAGCCGGCGAACUUCCUCCUCGUCCAAGGCCGACUGAAGUUGAUUGAUUUUGGAAUUGCCAAUGCCAUCCAGGAUAACACGGUCAAUGUUCAUCGUGAGCAGCAAGUUGGAACCCCGAACUACAUGUCACCGGAAGCAUUGAUUGACUCCAAUGCAUCUCUUGGAUUACCGGCCAGUGUUGGAAAGGUGAUGAAGCUGGGGAAACCCAGUGACGUUUGGAGUCUCGGAUGUAUCCUGUACAAAAUGGUGUACGGCCAACCCCCGUUCGCGAAGAUUGCCAAGUACUACGAACGCAUUUUGGCUAUUCCUAACCCCAACGUCAAGAUUGAAUUCCCCGCUUUUGGUGUCGGCGGAGUUGCGGUCCCUCCCGGAUUGAUCCGGACUUUGAAGGGCUGUUUGCAACGAGACCAGACAUUACGACCGACAGUGGAAGGGCUUUUGGCGCAGCGGGAUCCGUUCCUCUAUCCCGACGCGCAACUCGAAGGUGCUGUUCCCGUCACGCAAGAAAUGCUCAAUCGGAUCCUGGUCAAUGUCGUCAACCAUUGCCGCGUCCGAGGCAUUCCGAAAGAUGAGGAGCUUGCUGCCUGGCCCGCUGGCUUCUUUGCAAAGAUCAAGGCGGCGUUGGAAGAAAACGCCUGA